AUGUCCACCUACACCAUCGUCAGCGGCGACUCAUUAUGGAAAAUCUCCCAAGACCACGGCGUCACCCUCGACGCCCUCCGAGCAGCCAACCCGCAGAUCACCAACCCAGAUCUUAUCUAUCCGGGGCAAGAGCUGAACAUCCCGGGGCCUGAUCAGCCUCCUCCGGAAAGUCGCAGCAUCCCGGGAGAUGUCCCAGGCCAAGCUCCUCCUCCUCCUCCUUCUGCUCCUCCUGUUCACCUUGCCGUCUGUCCCCCAGGGCCGCCGGUUGUUCCAAGCGCUGCUGCUGCCGCUGCUGGAGCACCGCCCGCCAUUCCCCCGCGUCCUCCGAUGGCCCGUCCGCCGCCUCCGUGGAUCAAUGCCGGGAGACCGGGGUAUAAGACUGUUGGGUACUUUACUAACUGGGGCGUCUACGGCCGCAAUUACCAACCUCAAGAUAUUCCUGCGGAGUAUAUCACUCACAUUCUCUAUUCCUUCGCCAACAUCCGCCCCACCGGCGAAGUCUUCCUAACCGACACCUACUCCGACCUCGAAAAGCACUACCCAACCGACAGCUGGUCCGAACCCGGUACCAACGCCUACGGAUGCAUCAAGCAACUCUACCUCCUGAAACAACAACACCGCCACCUGAAAACCCUCCUUUCCAUCGGCGGCUGGACCUACAGUCCCAACUUCGCCGCGCCAGCAUCCACCCCGCGCGGCCGCGAAACCUUCGCCCGCAGCGCCGUGCACCUCCUCGCGGACCUGGGCUUCGACGGUAUUGACAUCGACUGGGAGUAUCCAGCCGAUGCAUCGCAAGCGAAGGAUUUUGUGCACCUUUUGCGGGAUGUGAGGCGCGUGCUGGACGAGUACUCUGCCACCCAUCUUGGCGGAAAGAGACUGUUAUUGACGAUCGCGGCGCCGUGCGGGCCGGACAAUAUCCAGAAAUUGCGGAUAGGCGAUAUGGAUCCGUAUCUUGAUUUCUGGAAUCUGAUGUGUUAUGAUUUCAGCGGGAGUUGGGAUAAGUGUUCCGGCCAUAUGGCGAAUGUGUUCCACUCGGGGAGGGGGGAGAUUACGCCGUUUUGUGCAGAUGGGGCGGUGACGAUGUAUUUGAGGGGUGGGGUGAGGGAUGCGAGGAAGCUUAUAUUUGGGUUGCCGUUGUAUGGAAGGGCUUUUGAGGGGACGGAUGGGCCUGGGAGCGGGUUCCAGGGUGUUGGGGAGGGGAGUUGGGAGAAUGGGGUGUGGGAUUAUAAGGAUUUGCCGUUGCAGGGGAGUCAGGAGGUGGUGGAUGGGCGGUUGAUGGCCAGUUGGUGUUUUGAUCCGGCGAAGAGGAAGAUGGUUAGUUAUGAUACGCCGGAGGUGGCCGGGAUGAAGACGGAGUAUAUUGCCGGGAGGAGGUUGGGAGGAGCUAUGUGGUGGGAGUUGAGUGGGGAUCAUCAUGUUUCGCAUGAGAGGAGCUUGGUUAAGGGGACUGCGGAGAGGUUGGGCAGGUUGGGUGGGUUGGAUGGUACGGAGAAUACGUUGUAUUAUCCGCUGAGUCGGUUUGAGAAUUUGAGGAGAGGGUGUGUUUGA